AUGAAUUCCACCAGUAGCCCCGUGAAAGCACCGGUGCAUUCCGUACCUCCGCCACAACCUAUAAAUGUGGUAGCAAGUAGCUCUGUACCCCCGGGCUUUUCUCCCCUGUUCUCCGGAUUACGGCCAGAAGAACAUCAAAUGGCAAUCCAAUAUGUCUCGCAUAGUGAUGCUACUAAACGGCAAGCCCGUAUAUUAAGAGUUGAACAAUCGCUGGACCCUUCAUUUGCGGAGCAAUCAACAAGGAUGCCACAAACUACUCAUAAUCUCCUCAAAGGUAAAGGUCAUAGCAGAAUCAAGCGGCUAAGAGAAAAAUCACUUCAGAGUUACCUUCUUCCGCCUCUGUUUCUCAAACGAUGGAGAAAAACAAAUCCUUCCAAGAGCUCUUAUCAAGAGGUUUCUUCUUCCUCAUCUCCGAUUGCUGCUACGGGUUCCCGAAUGGGAUACUCCUCGGAGUCCUUCUUGGCCGGCGCUCGGGAUGAUGGUAAGAAACCUCGAUGGAGACCAAACAAAUGGAAGAGGAAUAAGUCACAAGAUGGUAAGCACCAGGAGAAUGGUGUAGAGACCUCGGCUAGAGAUGCGAUUACAGCAUGUGUGAUUAAUCCAAAGAGAAAUGCAGAAAUGAAUGUUGGAAGGUAUCGAGGAGGUUAUAAGAUUUGGUUGGACGAUUGCUUGACAGAUGAAACUUGCCCGCUGAUAGACCGUAUUUCCCGCUGUCGUAAAGAACUUGCGAAAAAGAAGAAAACAGGAAAUCUCUCCCAUGAUCUCUCGGAUCUUAUUGAUGGACCUACUGCAAGGUGGAAUAUAAUGAGACUUCGACAAGCCUUCUCCCAUCAAGAUGUUGAAAGGAUCCUACUUAUUAAUCCAGACCUCACGCGACAAGAUAAGCUAAUUUGGGGUUUCACCAAAGACGGACAAUACAUAGCGCAAAGUGGGUACAGACUUCUGGAGAACAUACUAGAUCAACAACAUCACCACCAAUCUACUCUGACUACAAUAGAGGAACAGUUAUGGUCUAACCUUUGGAAGAUUCAAGCUCCUCCUAAGCUUAAGCACUAUCAGGAGCUUUGGCGCACUUGUAAGGCAUGUCAGCUCCACACGGAAUCAAUAUGUCAUGUGCUUUUUGGGUGUUCGAUUGUAAAAGCUACAUGGGAGAUCUCGAACUUCCCUCUUCCACCACAAGCGGAUGGCUGGCUGCGCUGUAAUGGAGUAUCUAUGUCAGAGACCUAUAAUAGCGCCCCCACUAUUAGCAAAUGGGAAAAGCCUCCAUCAGGUAUGCUGAAAUACAACUUUGAUGCUUCUUGGAUAUUGCCAAAUAGGAAUUGUGGAGUUGCUUGGCUGGUUCGUGAUCAUAUAGGCGAAAUCCUACUUCACAGUAGAUAUGCAUAUUCGGCAAUUCCCACUACCUGUGAAGCUGAGAUAUUAAGCAGUAGAGUCGCUAGCCACCAUGAAACAGAAAAAUAUCAUUCUAGAAUCUUCAUCGGAGCAACUAAGAGAAGUCAUGCUAUCCCCUUUUAUCUAUUCCCUCAGUUUCAUGAGAUAAUUGAUCAAAUCUACCAUCAUCUUCAUUCUCUGGAAUUACAUAGGUAG